AUGAGCUUUGGGGAUAUCCAAAGCGAUCUUAAGAAAGAGACAUACCACUACGACACACCAGAGGCAUUCAUCCCGUACGAAAGCGUCCGAAAGAUAUGGGCCGGGGAUCGGCUAGAACAGUUUCUGAAGACCCAUGAUUCAAGUCUGGGUAGAUCAGACAUAGCUGCAGCGCGAGAGGGUCUAUUGCGUACGAUAUCCAUACUCACUGGCGUCGUUCCGCGAGAUUGGUCGGGAUGGUCAAGGUUCAGACAGAUUUUCUUCCCGCCAGAUGAUGAUGUCGCCGAUCGUCGCCGCGACAAAAACAUCCUCGACUUCACCAGACAGGAACUCGAGAGCGACUCCUUUCUUCGGGAUACCAACCUGGCGGGCCACUUCGUGACUCAUAGGUGGAGUUACUUUCCAGUGGUCUUGAACGAGAAUGUGGAAGACGCUUACGGAGAGAACUACCGGUUACCACUUUUCCGGGAGGACCAUGUACUUCGAGAGGGUGGCUACGGAGAAGUGACCAAGGAGAUCAUACCUCCGAACCAUAUCAUCCUAGGCCAUUUGAGCGAUGACAUCGGUAUACCAAAGGUGCCUCAUCCAGUCAAACUCAUUAUUGCCCGAAAGCGCUUCUUUCCAAGGGCAAAUUCUGACCCUGAAGUGAGACUAUUGAAACUUCUCCGAUCGAGCCUGUCCAGCCACAAGCAAGUCGUUUCUAAUCUUGCGAUAUUUAAGAUUAGAAAUGAGUGGAACAUCAUCAUGCCAUGGGCGGACAUGGACUUGGAGGAUUUCUUGGCCGGAGGUUACAGAGAAAUGCAAUCUACCACACCUGCCCCUCUCCUGGACGAUUUAAUCGAGGAGUCCAGGAAGGUUGCAUCGGCCAUUCAUUUCCUGCACGAAAGUCUGCAACUCGAAAGUGAAUGGGAGGAAUUUCGCCACCUAGCAAUCUGUCACGCGGAUCUCAAGCCCCGAAAUAUUUUGGUCUUCAAGCGCGAGGGCUGUUCUACAGGAGUUUGGCGAAUUUCUGAUUUUGGUGUCUCGCGAGUAGCAAGGCGUGCUCUACCGGAAGCUAGGAGGCAUCGCUCAGGAUACACUACUAGCUUAAAUGAUCAUUCUCCAAAAGGAGGCGCAUACCAGCCACCAGAGGCUCAUACUCAACGAAGGAGUGACGUCUGGUCGUUCGGGUGUAUACUAGUGCGCGUCUUUGCCUUGGGGCUUGAUCCUGCGAGUCUGACAGAACUUGACGAAAAUCGAAGAAAGCCACUCGUCGGACGCGUCCUCGACGAUUCUUUCUAUCAAAAAGAUCCUCCUGCUCUUCAUCCGAGUGUCGAGGCCUGGCUUCAGAGUUUGCCAACCCGAUACCGCACUCUCCACAACCUUGGUUUCCUUGAGAAAAUGCAGAAGGUUCUUCGCUCAAUGCUGCAGAUAGAUUACCACCAACGCUCAUCGGCACAUGAAGUUCGAAGCGAUUUACACGCACUUCAUUCAAGCGGAUCGUCAAGGUUUUCGACCAAUUCUCCAACCAGUUCAGAGACCUACCAGGGAACCGAUGGCGGUAUGGUCCCACCUCCCCCACGUGCACCAGUGAGAGGAGUGGGUCUUCUUGUCACUGCCAUAAAAUCCGGGGAAAUGGACAAUGUCCGUCAAGCUCUGGAAGACAACCUUGACUUGGAACAAUGCCACAAGGGCGAACGACCUUUGAUCCAUUCUAUUGAGUUGGUCAAUGCUGAUAUGGUCAAAGAACUUUCCGAAUACGAGCGAAGAUUUCACCACCGAAGUUUAAACGUGCGCGCCCCCUCAUCCAAAGGAAAAACACCACUCUAUCUUGCAGUUUGCAAGGGCAACGUCGAUACUGUGGAAGCUGUAAUCGAUGCCCAUAUCGGUCCUGAUUCCAAUGCCGACACCACUGCUUUGUUGAACGAACUGUGCGACGAUAAGACUCCGCUCAUGCAAGCAGCCUUCCUUGGUCACACCGGUAUCGUCUCAUUACUUCUGGAGCGGGGUGCAGACCACAGAAUCUGCGCGCAACAAGAAAAGUUAAACUGUCUACACUAUGCGGUGAAAUUUGAUAGUCGCGCUAAAGAAGACGUCAUCGGGGCUUUCAAGCAUAAGAUGAUCUUCGAUCAGCCUCCGCCCGAUAUGCCACUCGAUAGCGAAGGCAAUCUACCAAAGGCAGCAGCAUAUGUGACGCCGAUGAUGAUGCACAUCCGCCUCGCGCUGAAUGGUUCAUAUACAUCCUUAGAGCCAGACUCUUUGUGGGGAAAGAAGUUCAAGGCACUUUUAGAAGGAGGAGCAAGUGUGAAAAGGACAUACAACCCAGGAACCCCUGUGGAGAUGAGUCCAUUAGAAGUUGCUGUCAUGCAAACCAAACUCCUGGUCGUCAAGGCGCUUGUCGGUGCGGGUGCAACCCUUCCAGUGGGCUACACUGUACCGCACGGAAUCUCGUCUGACAUGAAAAAAUUGCUCAAGAACGUAAAGAGAGAACAUCCAGCCGCGGGGCCUUAA